UCCCCAUUCUCAAUCUUCGCAUUUCCCUUCAAGGAAAACUUGGCAAUCACUCAAAUGGAAUCCCCCGAUCCCAACACCGAAGACGAAGACGUUUACUUCGACGCCCUCGACGACUUUCCCUGCUACGACUGCCUCUCCUCCCUCACCGCGCCACCAGAACGCUACUCGUCCUCCUUAACUCUCUCCGCUCCCAAUCCCUCGCCGGAGACUUCUUCUCCGGCUUACACCCUCCGUCGCCGACCGUUCUCUCUUCGCACACUCUCCGGCGAGGUCUCCAACGACUUGAGCUUGGAUUUGGAUUGUGAUUCCACUCUCAGCUCCGAGAUCCUCGCCGAAACCGAUACGAAACCGAGUUUCCGGGAACGGAAAUAUUGGAUUCAUCGGAACGCAAACCAAAAGCCCCAUCCCGAGCCGACUCAGGAGCGAUUAACCUCGGUUCCUCAAGCUCAGGGCUCGAAUUCGACCAUAACCACUGAAACCGAUAACCGAGUCGACGACGACUCGGCUGACUCGGCCCCCAGACUCAGCGAUCCCUCAUCGAACUUGCUCGUGUUCGUAGCGGGACUGGUAAUCAAAGCAAUCAACUUCCAAAUCAACCUCUUCAUCACCUUCACAACAUUUCCUCUCCUCCUCCUCUAUCACUCCUACGCAAUCAUCACUAACCCCUUCCAAACGGUGCGUCGCGGCAGAGACUAUCUGAUCCAAAAACUCUCAAAACUAGGGCACACUGUCCGAGAAAGCACGAGCCCCUGGCUAAACGACUGGUCGCGGGAGCACAGUUGGGUCUGGGAGGUCGUAUCGCGGUGCGCGUGGGGAUUGUUGUGGUCGGUCUACGUUUGCGUCGUUUUGUGCGGUCUGUUGGUGUCGUCGCUCGCGGUUAGCGCUGUUUUGAUGAGGUAUUUGGUGGAGGAGCCGAUUCAGAUGAAGGAGGUGUUGAUUUUCGAUUACACGAAACCCAGUCCGGUCGCGUCCGUGCCAGUUGCCUCGUGUGGUGGCGCUGGUUGUGGCGAGGAUUGUGAGGAAAAGAUUUCGGGGUUCAGGGUUGUACCUCCUGGUCACAGGUUGCAGGCCACGGUUUCGUUGACGUUGCCGGAGUCGGAGUACAACCGAAAUCUCGGGGUGUUUCAGAUCAGAGUAGACUUCCUCUCUACUAGUGGUAAAACCCUUGCCAGUUCAAGCCAUCCAUGCAUGUUACAGUUCAAAAGUGAGCCUGUCCGUCUUCUCCUGACUUUUCUUAAGAUUGCUCCUCUUGUUACUGGUUACGGAUCAGAAUCACAGACUCUGAAUCUGAAGUUUAGAGGUUUUACUGAAGGAGAUAUGCCUACUGCCUGCUUAAAGGUUGCAAUUGAACAACGAGCAGAGUACCGCGCUGGUGCUGGUAUCCCUGAAAUAUAUGAUGCAUCUCUAAUACUUGAGUCAGAACUUCCACUAUUUAAAAGAAUUAUAUGGUAUUGGAAGAAGACUAUAUUUAUAUGGAUCAGCAUGACAUCAUUUAUGAUGCAGUUGCUGUUUACUCUAGUCUGUUGUAGACCUAUUAUUAUUCCAAAACCAAGGCCAAGGGAGGGUUCUGCUAGUAGUGGUGCUGCUCGAAACAGUCUCCCAGCACAAGAUUGAGAACAUGGCUUCUGCAGACUCAAUGAUAAUGAUGAGAAAGGGAUUUUUAUGCCUGAAAGUUGAGCUCAAGGUCCUCUAACACAUUCAAUUGCAUUUGGUAUGGCACCCUAUCUUUGAUUUUCACCAUUUUUUAAUUUUUUUUUUUUUUUAACGACCGUGUACAUGUUGUUUGAUUAAAAAUGGGGUAUUUUUAAUGUUGGAAAGAGAAAUUAAAUUGACGCUUGUAUAUCUCCCGUACAGAUUUUAUUUCUUUGGUUAGUAUUUAAAUGAACAAUGUUGUGAAAUAUGAUGCAAUGAAGAAAGAAGCACGUAAUGUUGUAUUUA